CUCGCGGAUAACAUUGUUGACGAACGUUUUUAGGGACACGCCCACCAUUUCGCGCUUUUUGUGCCUGAUGAAGGAGUUCAACUUCUUCCACAGCGCGCGGUCGAUUCUUUUCGUUGUGUUGCGAUAAUUAAAGUACUGUUUCAUUUAAUUAUUUCAAGAUUCUUCUCCUCGUGUUCCCUUCAUGGAAACAAAAAGAAAAUCGCCGAACAGGGGAUAACAAUCUUAAGACAUGUUCAUCUGUAGAAGGCAUAAAUAAUAAACAAGUCAAGUCUUGGCGGCACCGUGAUAAAUUCCGACUUUUUGACUUUUAUGUAAAAAGUGGGAGUGGUGGAGUGAAUAAUAUAUGAAUUUCGGGAGGCCCCAGAGUAACCUUAAGUGUACAGUGUAUGGUCCCUUGCGUCAGACUGUAAAAGUGAAUAAUGCACUAAGUUGACAGAACACCGGCAGCAGGAGAACAACUCGGGCCUAAUGAGUGCGGGACACUGUUUGCCGAUUAACUCGGCUCUUUCUCACCCGCUUUCCUCGGGCAUUGUUUCAUGUUUUCUGACGUUGCUACUCCUCAACACCGUUGAAUCAAGUGCUUUACGACUGACCCACAUGAACGCGCCUCUUGUAGCAGAUUUUCGGCAGGAAAUGGAACUUGAUUGCAGUUUUGAUAUGGGCGAUGAGAUCCUGUAUGCUGUGAAGUGGUACAAAGACGGCCACGAAUUUUUUAGAUAUACCCCUCAUCAUCAACCCCAUACUAGGUCGUUUCCCGUCCCUGGAAUACAUCUCGUUUUUGAUGGAAUAAAUUGCAGCAUGGUGCAUUGUAAACUUCGCCUAAAAGACCUGACAAGGGAUCACAGUGGCGGUGCUUAUUGUUGCGAAGUGUCUAGCGAUGCUCCAACAUUUCGGUUAGCGUCGAAAACACACAACGUAACCGUAGCAGCUCUACCACGGGAAAAUCCUAGGAUUGAGAGCUUAACAACGUCUUAUGCGGAGGGCGAUACUGUGGAAGCCAAAUGCGUUUCGGAUCCUGCUGACCCCACACCAAUACUGUCCUGGUACAUCAAUGGAUUCGAGGCUCCGUCAAGGUUUAUAGGAGAAAUGACAAGUUCAGAACCCGAUAGUUUGGGUCUCGCUUCUCGUUCUCUUACUUUACGCCUCUUGGUCGAACGAAAAUACUCCCGUGGGGACAGUAUAGAGCUCCGCUGCGUGUCCUCACUACCAGGGGUUCCCCUCUCGCCACAGGAAACAACGUUAAAAAUUCCCAUGAGAACACCAGACGCCCAAGUUAUCAACAACCAGAAACUUCAUUGGCUCACCUCACCGUCGGCAGCUACCAAUUUCAGAGUUACUUGGACCUGGUUAGUUAUCGGUGUCGUACGAUGGAAUAUGAACAUCGUACUAAUAAAUGGCAUACGAUAAGUAGUGUGAGUCACGGACUGUGAACGAUGUUCGUUAAAUUACCUAAGUGUGAUGUGUGUUGCGGUGAUUUGAAAGCAAGGAUUUUUUAAAAGGCGACUUCUUACAAUUUUGGUAGGAAAUUCUAGUUAAUUCUACAGGGAGUAACAGAAACAGAUGGUUUGUUAUGUAUAUACAUACAUUUGUAAGUUUGGAAAUUUGUCGUAAAAUAUCACUUACUCAUCUAUCUUUGAAAAACAGGUAGGUACUAAGAUUAUAAAUAAUAUAUUAUAGCAAGUGACAAAAAAAUCUUUCUUCACCGUUUACACUUAUCAGAGAAGUUAUUUGGUCGAAAUUAAGCUCAAUAACAAACAUCUCCGUAUCACAACUUUGAGUGUCUCUUGGAAAUAUCCUGUUGCACUUUGUGUAAUAACAGCAUAAUUAUAUACGACUACGUAUUAUUAUUAUAUUAGGAACCAGAAUGUUUUGAUGUCGCAUGGUUUAAGAUCUUAGCAUGAUGCUACAAAACCGUAAGUAUGUCAAGAUUUUAUUGUCUAGUACAUCAUCAAUUAUGGCACUUUCGUGAUGCUUGACAUAAUUUUUGCUAUUUGUCUAAAUCUUAAACCAUAAGCAAGCAUAAUAUUAACAUUCUGCAUCAGUAUCAUCUUGUGCAUAUCAAAAAAAUGUGGUAUUGCCACUUUAAAUAUAUAUAAAAAUUACACAAACAUGAAUAUGUAUUUUAAAACUAAUUAUAAAAUUUAAAAAUUUGGCACCCUACUAAGUUUAAAAAACGUAUUAUUUUUUUUUAUAAAUGUAAGCGGCCUUAAUUAUCAUUACGGUAUGAAUAACCAAAGAGUUAAAAAACAUUUGAAUCAAAUUGUUGCUCUUAUUUUGACUAUGAAAACGCAAAAAAGCACUUUCAGACUAAAUUAUAAUACUCCAACACUAUACCUUUGUAAAAGCACACAUUAGAUGACUGUUAUUUGUGAUAAUAAAAUACAAAAUGUUAUCGUGAAUUAUCACUUUGUAAUCAGUGUGAAUGUAAUAAUAAUAAAGA